GGUUGGUCAAAGGGGGAGUGACACCAAAACACUUGUUUGGCCUGUGGAGGCUGUGGAGUUUACUACAGCUGACUAACGGAGCGUUGUUAUUACGGUAUAUUAAGAGCAGGUUCGAAGGGGUGUCUAAAGUCAGUACCGGCUGGUCACGCAGACCUGGGGACAGUCCGAGGUGUUGUCUUGGACAUUACCGUGGAUAUUUCCGUGGACAUUAGGGUGGACACGGGGUAAAGUUGGCCUAGAGACUUAACGGUGGUGAAAUUUCCUAGUAAAAUGGUAGACUACUAUAAAAUCCUUGGAGUGCCUAAAACAGCCUCACAGGAGGACAUUAAAAAGGCUUACAGGAAACUGGCUCUGAAAUGGCACCCUGACAAAAACCCAGACAACAAGGAAGAAGCAGAGAAAAAGUUUAAAGAGCUUGCUGAAGCCUAUGAAGUUUUGUCUGACAAAAGUAGACGUGAUUCCUAUGACAGAUAUGGAAGUGACAACACACGGCACACAGGGUCGGCCAAUGCAGACUUCUCAGAUUUCCCAGGUUUCACUUUCACAUUCCGAAAUCCAGAUGAUGUGUUCAGGGAAUUUUUUGGAGGCCAGGACCCAUUUGCUAACUUUUUUGAUGAUUUCUCUUCAUUUGGCUCGUCUUCUCGUAUGGGCACCAGUAGGUUCUUCUCCUUCCCUUCAGCAGGAGACUUCACAUCUUUCUCUAUGAGUGGUCUCAGUGACAUGGGCAGCAUGGGCGGAGGAAUGGGCAACUUUAAAUCAGUUUCUACCAGUACUCGUAUUGUAAAUGGGAAACGCACAACUACAAAAAAGAUCAAGGAAAAUGGACAGGAGAGAGUGGAAAUUGAGGAGGAUGGAGUUCUGAAGUCAGUUAUCAUAAAUGGUGUGGAGGAUGAGAUGGCUCUUGCCCUGGAGCUGAGCAAAAGAGAGGGUCAUCCACAUAAUCCACAGAUCCAACAAAAACCCUCCAACUUCUCUGAAACGUCCCGGAACAGCCCCCCCUCUGCUACUACGAACCGCUCCUUCAGCUCCGCUCCGUACUUCCACUAUAGCGACCUUGUAAGAGAGAGUCAGCAUGAUGAGGACGACGAAGACCUGCAAAUGGCGCUGGCGUACAGUCUGUCUGAAUUGGAUGCACAGCAGAGAGCAAACGUUACCGACUUUUUAUCAGGUGCUGGGGGUGGGGUUAAAAUCAAAGUGGAUAAAAGGGUUAAGAGCACAGAGACCAUAGAUGGAGUUGAAAAGGAUGUUAAAACUGAAAAAAAGGUGUACAGCAUGAGGUUUCCUUCUGAGUCUCCCCAAACAUCAGGCAGCUCAUCAAAUACAACUUCAAAUGUCACGUCACCAAGUCAUGACAGUGCCGCGGAAAAUGUUAAACCACAGAAAAACACAGAAAACAGCAGCCUGAGAAAGAAAAACAAGUGUGGCUGUAUUGUUUGCUAAUUCAGCAGUAGCUUUCUACAAAAUGUGUGCCAAAUUUUCUAGUUAACUGUGAAAAUAACAUAAACUAACUGAUCAAUUAACUACAGAUUUAAGUUGAAGUAUUUUCAGUGAAUUCCAUAUGGAUGAUUUCUUUGUGAAAUACUGACUUUGGUUUUAUCUUAGGCACUGAUGUCCAUAUGAUAUAAUGUAUUAUAGGUUGCCUGGCUGUUGCCAUUUGCCAGGGAUCCAGAAUACACUUUCCUUCAAUACUUUAUGAAGAUGUGACAUCUCUGUACAUAAAAUACAGAUAUCAUUCUAGACUUGCCAGGCAAUAGGGGUAUAGGAAUUGUUGCCAAAAUAAUGGGAAAAAAUAAGCAAAACUCCUAUGGAUCUCAGUCAGUAUCUGAAGUCAAUGUUUUCUUGCGUGUAUUGUGAAGGCACAUUCGAGUACACUUACAUCAAUGAUUGAAUGUUUUUGUGGGUAUAAUUAUCUGCAGUGAAUGUUUACUUAUCUUUAUUUAGCUUAAUUUAUUCUGACCAGCUAUGAUAGUGUAAAUAAAAACACUACAACAUGCAAUUAUAUAAUAAUAAUAAUUAUUAAUUUAACUGUUCUUGUGCACUUUUACUGCACUGUUUUUAUACAUAAUAAGGCAAAAAGAAAAUUUAAAGCUGUUAAGCAGAAUGUAACUUUACAUUUUUGUACCUUUUUUGCUUAACAGUACAUUUUUAUAUACAUUUUAUGUUUCCAUUACUUGUGAUCUGUCAAACAGGUGCCAAUUAAGUAAAGAAAGUAAAGGAGGGUUGAGUUUAUUAAUAGGUAAUGAUUAAAAUUAUGAUGACGAUAUGAUGAUUUGUUCUUUGCUGAUAAGACCAUUCUGUCGCUAAAGAUUAUGCAAUGCUGUUAAAAGAAGUAUUGGGGGUAACUGUCUAAAUAUAGUGCAAAAAUUGACUUGAGUCAAAAUGCUGAUUCACCCCACUGAGCUGCUAUUGCUCACUGAAGUAAGUAUUUAAGGGAUAGUGUUAUAUAAUCCUUUGUUAAUGUUUUUUAAAGAAAAUAAAGACUAACUUAUCUAUUG